UCAGUCACGCUCGUGCAGCCGCGACGCUUGCCUCGUGCGUUUGGCGCGCUCGCGUCGUCGACACGUUCACGUCCGAUUUUUCGCCGGUGAGGUUAAGUGCGCGAGGCGACCACGUUCCCCGGAUUACUUGCGCCGAGAGACGCUUGACGCAGCGACGAGAGCACUCGUCGGUCCAUAGUUGCGUCGAGCAUGCGCGACAGAAGCCGUUCUCUGGUAGUCGCCGCCCGUAUCCGGAUUCUGCAAGAUCCUCCGAGAGUCCCGCUCAUCCGCGCGUAACGGAGGGAGGUUCCUUCGAGGCGCGAGAUGCGUCACGACUCGAUCGCGUUAUCGCGUUAUCAUCUACGCUCGAGCAUCGUUAUCGUUGACCUACCCUCGGCGGACGAGCGGAAGCUGAGUCGUCGAGAAUCCCGAGGCCCGGCUCGAGCUCGACGAUCCGGUGCGUUGCCUAGGUUAAGUCGCUCUCCGGGAGAAGGAAAUUGGCCGCGAACGGAUCUCGAAUCCGCUCCUUUCCAUCGUCGUAGGUACACGUGCCUCCAAGAAUUGUCACUUUCAUCGGGAGCUUCGUGCCACGUGCUCGUGAUUUUUCGAGAGAAUGAAAUGUGAAGGAGUGCCACGAGGUGUGGUGACGAAGAAUUGGAGUAACGAUCGUUUACGAGCGAGCAUCGAAAAAUUAUCGCCGAGAGCGACUGGUGAAAGUCUCGCACUCCUUUUUCAUUCGUCCAAAUUUUAUUCAUUAUAAUCCCAUCGGCGAAGAGGGGAAAGGGUUGAUCAUUGCAUCAUUUCCUGAUUCGCGAUCGAGUCAAGCAACUACCGUCCAUCAGCGAUAAAAGUGUAAAAAGUGCAACGACAUGGACUAGUUUAAUGAGGAAAAUGCAACGUGACGUACAUGUACAGGUUUAUAUGUGUAUGGACUUCAAAGACUGGAUAAAUCUAUAUGUGCUAUAGCAAAAUUAUGUUGACUUCUUGUUUUUUCCAAUAAGAGACUAGUAUACAUGUGAAAUGUUUGCAGAAAAAUACGAUAAUAAUCGAACAAGCGUAAGAUAAAAGAAUGUAUCAUCGUACGAGAAGAGACAUCGAAUUAUAAACUUCGAUAAUCUUAUGGAAAAAAAUCAAGCUUUGGACAAAAGUGAAAUAUGUCUUUUUUUAAAUUAGAAAACCAGAUUCAUAUAAAAAAUUAAAACAAUGGAUAUCUCCGCGUUUUCUUUUGGAUAUUUACUGAUACAUUUGAUUUGCUGACAACAAUACUGGACCAACAGAACAAGAUCAAGAUAGCGAGAAAACGAUUUUCGCAAGACAAAACUUUGAACUUGCUAUUCGAAGGAGCUUUUAGUCUCCCAAAAUCUCGAUCGUUCAUGGACAGGAUCAUGUGAAGGUCAUGAACAGCUCGACCCCCCUUCGUGCAAACAGCGACGCAUCUCCGAGCCCUCUGCAUUCGCCUUUUGAUCAGCAUGAGGCUACCCCGUCAACCUCGAGAGGGAGAAGUAUCGGUUCCAUCAUCACCCUCGGCGAAUCAACCUUCGAUAGUCUCGCAUUGGACGUUUCCUACGCUGGUCUCGACGUAUCCGGAAGUGAUCUUGUUGAUUCUGGCAGUCAACGAACGCGACUGAAAGAUUCCUCGCGAGAGAAUGCGUCGGAUUCGCCGCAAUUUUGGGAAGAUAUUGGAGUGGUCGACUAUCUCGACAGGAAGCUGGGUCGUCCCGACGACAGCACCCCGGAAGAACGCGUCGAGACGCUCCGGGAGAUCCUCGCCGAGAGGACGGACAUUCACGAAGGCGAUGGCAAUCUCUCGGAUUUCCUCUUCCACGUCGCGCGGACUAAACACGGCAAGAUCUACAUAAGAGUUAUCCGGACCUUGCUGUUGAACAGAGUCUUAUGCAGCAACCGGGUGAGCCAAAUGACCAAGACCUAUAAUGACAUAGAGGCAGUUACAAGGCUUCUAGAGGAGAAAGAAAAAGACUUGGAACUGACAGCACGUAUCGGCAAGGAAUUGCUAGCACACAAUCAGAAACUCGAGAGUACAGUGAAUGCGUUAGAAGCUGAACUCAAAGAAGCUAACGAGAAAAUCACUCAGUUGAAUCAUGAGGUAUUGAAGAAGACCGAGCUGAUACAGAUACUAACGAAUGAUGUGGAUGAAUCUAGUUCGGAGGCCGGGACUCCCACCGGUCUCCGUGGAAUUAAUUUGGAGAUGCUGCAGAGGAAGGUUGGCUCUCUGGAAGAAGAAAAUAAGCAGUUACGCAACGAAUUCGCCAAACUGGUGCAUGAUACCGACAAUUCCGAGAAAAAGGAGGCACGCCUUGUAGAAGACAUUGCAGCGCAAUUAACAAGUGCCAAUAUGGAGUUAGAUGGCAUAGCGGAGGAACUUGGUCGCCAAAAGGAGGAGAAUCGAUUGCAGCACGAGCAAAUAGUCAGUCUCACUGCAAAAUUAGCUGAGACGGAGCUUAGGCUUGCUCAGCUUACGGCGGAGCACGAUGAGGUGGGAACGACUCUAGUCAUUACUAGGGAUAAUCAAAAUACACUUGCUAAUGAACUAGCCGAAUUCAAGGAGCGAUACGCGGAGGUUGUAAACCUUCUGGCUGAAACUCAAGAACAAUUACGAAAACAGAGGAAACGCGGAAUGCCGACUGUACGCGGUGGAUCGCUGUUUCCGUCGAUGGGCGCAGCACCUCAACCGGAUUCUAUCGCUUCGGAAUUGGAAUCGUCUCUAUAUUCGGAAUUGAGUCUUGAUUCUGGAAUUAGUACGGGCGACAGGAUAUCAACUUACAAAAAGGUAUUCGAAACCGUUCGUACUGCAUCCCGAGCGUCGUAUGCGGGUAUGGAUCCGAAUCAAUUCCCUAGGUUAGGCUCUAUGACAACGUCGACGUUAUCUAGUAGCUCUGCCGGUCCGCGAAUGAGUUGUGGACAAAUACGGCCGCAGGCGUCUACAUUUCCUAGCUUGGAUUCCACCGGUCACAGUGAGAGCGAAGGCUCUUUACUUGCCGAAUCGGAAGAUUAUCCGGGACCACAACGAACGGGUGUUCCUGGUGCUCCUGGUGCAGCUGAUCUGGAAGCCGCCUUGCGGCGUCUGACGCCGGCUGAGGUAUUGGCCAGACGUGCUUGUCUUAGUACAGGCGCAGGUUACAAUUUUGAUUAUGAUGGUGGCAUGUUACAUUCCCCGUCAACCUUCUUGCCAUUCGACUGUCGCACUCCCGACAGUAUUAUGUCGACCGGCAGUAGCGGUAAUCUAAGCGGUUUUAGUGGUAACGCUUGGCGUAUCCCACAGAAACUGCAGAUAGUUAAACCGAUGGAAGGUUCUCAAACAUUGCAUCAUUGGUCGCGAUUAGCGACGCCGACGCUGGGUGGAUUAUUGGAGGACAGACCAGGUGUGAAGACCAGAGGUGGUCGCGCUCUCGAGGAUCUUGGUCUUGUUACAUUUACUUUAAGCGAUCUGGAAGAGGACGAGGAAUACACAAAUCCCGGUAAACCUUUCCAAGAUACCGGUUCUGUUUACACAUUUACUAACAGCACUGUAAUGCAUCCGGACGAUCAUACCACUAGCAGCGUGACACCGAGCAUCGUCGGCAGCCGUGUCGCUACUGCACCCAACAGCGGCAUGAAUUCCGGAAUGAGUACUCCUCGCACUCACAGUCGCCGUAAUUCAACGUCAACCUUCUCUACCACCCUUGGACUAGCCAAAAUGUUGAACGAGAGAGGAAUCAAAGCCGUUACGCCUUCGUGCGUAGCUACACCUACUGACGAGCGAAAUUUCUCGCCGACUGCCACACCGUGCAAUAGCCCGGAUGCGAGUCUGUCACCUACGAGAUCGUCGUCGCCGCCGCCAUCAUCGGAAAGCGGUUCUCUGACAUUAGGAUUGCUCAGCAGCGGCGCAGAAUUAUUGAGACGUACUUUCAGUUACGAGGUACCAGCAGCGCAGUCUAAGUCUAAGAAAAGAAAGUCAACGAUUACGCGCUCCGAUAAGAAGGCUCUCACGGGAAUACGUCUGGUCGAGAAAUUGGAAAGGAUCGGAAUUGAUACGAUUAUGGCUACCACAGUUAGCUCGUCGAUCUCGCCGCUAGCUCUACAAGGUGCUUUAUAUACACGUCGCUCGACUGGAAGUCCAAUGGCACAAUUGACUUUCCUCAAAACUUCCAUGUCCUCCAGUACCAGCCAAGAGAAGCUAAUAUCUCCCUCAUCUUCAACAUCCUCCGCCAGUGAUGAGUCUCCGUUGGGCAAACCGCCAUUGCCGGGCAAACGGGACAACAGCAAGGAGUUCGAAUCUAGCGUGUCCGGUUCCAAUUUGGCAUUUAACUCAAGAGCAGCGGGUCAAUCGCCGGAUCGACAUCGACGAUCAGGUGCUAAAGCGACGAGACCUGAUCUGGGACGAGUUAAGCCGCCAGUAUCAACGCCCGUUACUAAAGAAUCUACCAAACAGUCGGCAUUAGGAGCUAUAAGCUCGCUUCUUUUUGGUCGUAAGGGCGGCUUACUAUGAAUAUUUUAUAGAAUCUGUAAAAAUGAAUUGAUUAAUUAUACCGGAUUAAUUUUUAACAAAAAUUUGCAAAAAAAUGUAUGUUUUUUUAUUACAUUUUAUUGAAUGCGUGAUAUGCGCCUGUUGUCAGUAUUGUUGAUCAUCUGCAUUUUGACUUAUUUGCUGAUUCGUAUAACACAAUUUUCUUAAAUCCAUCAUUAUAAAGAAUGUUAAUGAUGAUGAAUGCGAUAACUUCAAUAAUUUUUCAUUCAAUCAGGUUACUUGUAUAAUAAACAUA